AAGUAGUACAUUCUUAUUCUUUGUUGAUCAAUUAUCUGUUAUUCUGUGAUCAGUUCAGUCUACAAAACAAUUAAAAUUUUCUUAGUUUUAAUUUUAUAUCUUAAAAAUAUAGAUAAUAUACAUUAUAAUAUUUAGAUAUAACUAAUACAGACGUAUUAAUUUAUUGUACGAGUACAGUUUUGUACAACCAUGGACAUUGAUAGUGAUGAGGAAUCAGAGACAGAGUUAAAGGAAUUGCAAAAAUUAACUGCAGUUCUAGAAACUGAUGAUGAACCUGGUUUUAAUGAUGCAAUUUCACAAAAGUCUAGUACUGUAUGCAGUUUUGCCACCUCCAGUUCAAAAGCACAGAAGUAUUCUAAAAUAGAAAUGGCUAUAGCAUUGAAUAAAUUCACUGAUGAGAAAUUGCAAAGGCUAGAAAGGAUGCUCUAUUCCCGCUUACGAGAGUGUAACUCUGAAUUAUCAGAAAUACACAUUGAUGUUCAUAAACAGGAUAAAAUAGAAAGUUUCCGUUACAUUAAUUGUGGUAAGCCCUAUUUCAGAGACAAAGAUAAUUAUCCUGCACCAAAUAAUGAAGACACAGUACUCAUGCUAAAAUCUGAGAUGUUUGAUUUUUUUUCUGUGGCGUCUGUACCAGGAUGGACUGUUAAAGAUAAAAGUGAAUUUGUGCAUUUGAUUCAAAAAAUGUCACAAAGUUUAAAAACAAGGGAAUUGAAUUCUCAAAUAGCACAGUUACAAAGAAUACCCAAGAAUAAAAUAACUCAGUCCAUUAAAUUAACUUUACAGUCUUUAACAGCACAGUUGAAUGUUGUUAAUAAAUUGCCAUUACAAGAUAUAGCAUUACCAAUAGACCAAGAAUAUGAUUGGGAAACUGUUGCUAACAAACUGAACUAUAGGCAUACACCUCAAGAAUAUAGAGCCUUAUGGAAAUUGUUUCUUCAUCCUUCAAUAAAUAAAGAUAGUUGGUCUAAAACAGAACAUACAGCUUUACAGAAAAUUGCUCAUGCUCAUUAUUUACAAAACUGGGAUGAAAUUGCAAAGGAAUUAAACUCUGGUCGGACAGGUUAUCAAUCUUUUGUUUAUUUUAGAACCAAUAUGAACAAUAAUUUUACUGGGCAGAAAUGGACUAAAGAAGAAGAAGAAUAUCUUAAAAGAUUUAUUGAAUACUACAAAGAAGAUGAAUAUAUUCCUUGGGGCAAAGUAGCAGCAGCAAUGGAGAACCGUACUAAAAUUCAGGUUUAUAACAAAUAUUUCAGACUUACUGAACAAAGGAAAGGCAGAUUUUUGCCUGAAGAAGACACUGUAAUUCUUACCUGCGUUGAUAACUUUGGUCCCAAUUUCAAAAGAAUAAAGCGAUAUCUUCCUAGUAGGUCAAUAACACAGCUGCGUAAUCGAUACAAUGUAUUAAAUAAAAAUUGCAUAUCAAUUGUGUGGACAGCAGCAGAAGAUAAAAAAUUAGUUCAGCUAAUGGCUAAUCAAGAUUCUAGUUUUAAUUAUUCUAGUGUGAGUACACAUUUUCCGGGCAAAGACAGAGGGCACUUAAGAGCCAGAUAUAUAACUUUAAAAAAAUGGAUGAAACAGAAUCCGAACUGUGAUAUUGAAUUAGCGCCCCGUCGCGGAGCACGACGUUUACGUCAUGGUCGUGUUUCUCAAAAUUUAAAUAAAGCAAUUGAAAAAUUGAAAUCACGUAUCCAAACAGAAGUUACUAAAAAGAAAUCUAAUAGAAUAACUCAAGAAUCCUCAGAACAGGAAAUUGAAGAUGCUAUAGUAGCUACUCUUGCAACUGAAACUAUUAAUGAAGAAGAAUAUAAAAAAAAGGAUGAAGGAAUUGUAUUGCAUAAAGAAUCUAAACAAUCCAUAGAAAACAUGAAUGUAACAAAUUUACAAUAUCUAUUUAUGUUAUUGAAAGCUAAAUUAGAUAAAAAUGCUUUCAUCCAGAGUUCUUAUUUUGUUAAAUAUCCAGGUUUGGGGGAGAAACGGGAAGAAAUAAAUACAAAAAAACUAAAAAUUUACUCAAGGAAAAAUAAUACAAAGACCAUAAAUGUUAAUGAAUCACCUGAUAUAUGGGGCAAAAAUACUUUCCGUAGUGUGCAAGUAGUAUUACCGCCACAUUAUGCCACGGUAACUGGUUGUCGAAUAUUAAUAUCACACUUCACCAAUAAAAUACCAAGUAAAAGGGAUAUUAAUGAAUUAGCAAAGAAAAAUACUAUUUUAAAAGAGCAAAUUAAUUUAUUAAUGGAAAGGUUUAAUACUAUAUUCUUAUGGCCAUUGCUUCUCUCCAAUGACAGCCCCAAUAAAAUACUUUUAGAUAAAAAACUAUCGUUUCCAAGACACCAUCCAAAGUCAAAGUCAAACAAAAAAGUUGUUUUACCAGAAGUAUCUUCUAUAAUAAUACCACCUGCAUAUGAUGUGUUAGGUUAUUUGAUCCCAAAUGAGCAGGCAAUAGAUUUAAAAGAAGAUGAGAAUAAAACAGAGGUUACUUUAGAAGUUGAUUUUAAAACAUUAGAAUCUGAAUAGUGGACAUUAUAAAAUUGACGAGCUCACUACUGAUGUUAUUCUGGAAACCAACAGAACAGACUUCUCUAACCAGAGGAAUCAUUUAUUAUUUAGAAUUAAAUUAAUUAUUUGUUUCAUAAAUAAUUAAUUUAAUUCUAACAGUGAUAGUUACACAUUUUUCAUCUUUGUCUUAACAAACAGAUUUUGGUUUGAUUUUUUUAAUUGUAAAUAUACAGUACAAUUAUAUCCACAUAUACUAAAGAAAUA